AUGAUGUUAUCAACGUCAUGUCGCAACAAGAGCCAACGACAACUGCGAAGUCGCAAAGUAGCAGGGAGUGUGAUCGCAACACAAUAUACAACGCAGCCCACAUCUGAUGAAACAGUAAAUACAGAAGCCGAAAGCGAUCGUCACGCCCUUGAGAUUAGUCCAGAGGUUGAUGUCAGCUCUGCUAUAGCCAACAGCCACGCCGUUACAGCACGAGGCGCUCGCAGCAGAAAAAACAAGGAGUCACCCACUGAGACAGUGGGUGAAGCUGCUAUGAACAACACCCGGCGUAACCCUAAGCGCAAGGCAACUGAGGCUGAUGCCACUAUGACGAGCAUCACCGCCAGCAAGGAAGCCAAACAACCGAAUGUUCUUCUGCGAGAAGCCUUGGAGCCGAUUAGCAAAGAUGAGCUUCGGGAUUGGGAAGGAUGGUGUGAGGUGGAGUCAGAACCGGCCUUCUUUAACGCCAUGCUCGGAGAGAUGGGCGUACGUGAUGUGAAAGUUCAGGAAGUUUUCUCCGUUGAUGAAGAUUACGUCGCAACUCUUCCCCAGCCUGUUUACGGUUUCAUCUUCCUCUACCAGUACUUCGCCGAGGAUUAUGAGGACAACGAAGCCGUCGAGGGCCGCGAUCUUUGGUUUGCCAACCAGACGACAGAUAACGCGUGUGCUACCGUCGCCUUGACGAACAUCCUGAUGAACAGCACUGAAGUCGAACUUGGUCCAAAACUUCAAGAAUUUAAAGCUGCGACCAAUGAUCUCAGCACCCCACUCCGUGGCCAUGCUCUAGGCUCUAAUCAUUUUAUUCGCUCCGUCCAUAAUGCAUUCACUCGUAGAAUGGAUCAUCUGAAUGCAGAUCUUGCUCUGGAAAAUGAAGCAGCCGAGUCAAAGAAGAAGAAAAGACGUGGCCCAUCCAAGGCUAGGAGAUCAAAGAAGCAGAAAGUCGACUCCGAGUCAGGAUACCAUUUCAUUGCCUACGUACCAGCUAAUGGCUCGGUAUGGGAGCUUGAUGGUUUAAAAACUCGACCAGUCUGUCUCGGCCCUCUGAAAGAUGGCACCCACUGGACAAACCUUGUUCGCCCUGAUAUCCAGGCACGCAUGCUUCAGUUUGAAGAGAGCGCUCUUUCAUUCAACCUUCUUGCGCUUUGCAAUAGUCCUCUCACUAUCAUCGCCAAAAGUCUUGCUAGAACCAUUCGUUCCUUCGAGCUUUUGAACGACCGUACAAAAGGCAUUGAAGAAUGGAAGGCGCUGGUUGCUGGUAAUGAGCAGCCCUUGAAAAGUGACGAACAGGAGCGCCUUGCUGCAUUCCGCAUUGGGAACGCAGAUCUAAAAGAAGCGGAGAUAGACCCGACUUUUGAGAAAAAAGUUACAAACUCCUCCAUGGAUAUGAUGGAACUUUUCGAACUUCACAUCAGCCUGGUAACAGAACAGAAGUCGCUGAUGAGCGACUACAACGCCGAGGUCGCUUUCAUGAAUGAAGACGAAGAUCGCGUACAGGGACGAAAGAAAGACCACACGCCGGCUGUCCACUGUUGGGUACAGAAGCUUGCGGACCAUGGCGUUCUUGCCGACUGGGCCGCGAAUUCGUAA